AAGUGUGGAUACCUUGGACUGCCCCCCGCCCCCGGCGCUGCCCCCGCGGCGCCCCCCCUGGCCCCCCAAUAAUCUAAGUGCCGCGACCCUUAGAAGCCUCAGUUUGGCGGGAAAUAAUAUCAACGUCAACAACCCCCCAGUUGUACCACGUUCAUCGUCGCCGAAUUCACAACAGCAAAUAGUUAACACGGGGAACAACUCGAGCUUCGGUUCAAACUCGAGUCAAUCAUCGAGCGAACAACUCCUCCUCAUCAAUCAACAAAAUUGUAGGAAAAAUUCAACUCCCGUUCAACAACUCCUGCAGCUGACACCGCCCACGUAUCCAGCGCCACCGCGACCCCCCAGUCGAAACGGUGGGGAUGAAGGGCGCGUCGCGAGGACGGGAAGCGUCCGCUUCGGAGCCUCGCCGAGGGGGGUGCCGCAACGAGUUUGUGGCGCGGGACGGCCAGUACGCACCACCCCGGUCACGUAUCCAUCCCCUACAGCAGCAGGAUCAGCAUCAGCAGCAUCAUCCACGACGUCAGUUAAUUCGGUGUUCGGGUCUUCGAACGAACAAUGGGCUAGAAACGCUGCUAUACCGUCACCGACAACGGGAACAAUUGCCCAAUCACAUGCAGCAAGAGCAACGAGGAAUACGAUUAGACAACAACAACAACAACAAUUGCAAAAAAAUAAUCCGAGUCACGUUACACCAGAGAUCGGCGCAGACAGCAGGUGGUCCGAUCGCCUCGAACUGAGAGGCAUCGUUCCGAUGUCACGGCCACCGUCAUCAUCCUCAUCGUCGUCAUCCGGAUCAUUCUCAACGCAGAGCCCUACGCCCGUCGUUAAUACGCGAACGGCACAAUCGACGCAAACCUCGUCAUUGCCCUCGACCCUGGCAAGGGUGCACGGUCACGAUCAUAACAGGCCAUUACCUCCGCCGAGAUUGCAACCAGAAACGACGACGGGGACGACGGUAUUACCGCCCAUAACGGCCCCCUUAACUCCUCUAUCAUCUUCGUCCCUUGUAUCAACCACGGGGGUAGUAAGGACUAGUUCCCGAGCCCCAGCCCCAGCACCUGUACCGGUACACGAUGUCGUGAGGAUCACGACCGGUGGUAACGUCGAACAGGAACCACAUCACCUUCAGAGUCAACAGAUCGCCUCCUCUAGGAAUACGACCGCUGUUCUCAGCGAAGUGACAUUGACGGUGCCGAGACCGGACGGUGAAAGAGCGGUCAACGAAUACGUGGAAACACCGUUCAGGCCCAACUUAGUUACGAAUACAAAAUGUCCCAAGUCGGACAGAACGAAGCGACACCACCAUCACCUGAACCACCACCACCACCACCACCAUCAUCAUCACCAUCUUCAUCACCAAAGUCACACGGGAAGAAAUACGAUCACGAAUCCGUCGCCCGCUUCAUCCGCGCCAACGAAAACAUUGGCCGUUACAAAACAACCGGUUUCUUUCACGAAGGAACCAACGAACUCUAUAGGGUCACCCGGAUCCAUCGCCCAACAAAUUCAGCAACAGCAACAGCAGCAACAACAACAGCAGAGGUCGAGUUUGUUUCCUGGCGUAGGAAUAGGAGGGGGCGGCGGCGGUGUCGGAGGAGGUGGAGGUAACGUCGGAGGUGUGAUAAUCCCUCUGGACGAGGGUUUAUCUAUAAUGUGUGAAUAUUGCGGUAGGUGUAGAUGUGAAUCGUGUCGUGAACCGCCCCCCUUGCCUAGUCGGUGGUUGUGCGACAACGCGUGUUUUUGUUCGGCCGAAACCGCGCUGGACUACGCUUCGUGCCUGUGUUGUGUUAAGGGGCUUUUUUACCAUUGUGCCGACGGAGGAAGUGGCGUUGACACUGAGGGAGAAGGUGCCGGAAGUUGCGCCGAUGAACCGUGUUCUUGUACCGGUUCGAGGAGACUCGCUAGGUGGACGUGCCUGGGCGCUUUAGCCCUCGCUUUACCAUGUUUACUUUGUUACUGGCCCUUGAAAGGGUGUGUUGCAUUAUGCGAGGCAUGUUACGCGAGACACGCCUCGCAUGGAUGCAGGUGCGAUCCUUCAACCGCUGGACGACACCUGACUACAUCGACUCUCAGAGAUUCGAGGGAUCCUGAGAAGAGGCUUUUGGAUCCCGUCACCCCCGAACUGUAAAGUCGUUGAAAACGUCAUUAUUCCGAAUAUAUUACACACGUAUUCCGAAUCAGUCUCUCUUCUUUUCCUGGACUCGACCUCCGACGCUCCCGCGUCAUCGAUCGUUCGUCAUUGUACAUAUUAUGUGUUAAUAGUUUAUCACAAUUAUAUCAUUUUUUUCAAUUCUUUUCUUUCCUCAUUCUUCUCUUUCCCUGAAACGAAGAGUACACGGAGACGUGUACGUAUCAGCGACGAAUGAAAAAAUAUAUAAUGAAAAAUUGAACAAUUAUAAAUAAAUCGGUGUUUCAAGAUAUUCGAUUUCACCUGUGUCAUUUUUAAUUAUGCGGGAGUAAGGGGCGAGCGAGUGUUCGUAGUGCGGAUUGGCAUUAAUUGUUGGAUUCGGGGGGACGGGUGGGGAGAAAGGAAAAAAUGUCAAUUCUUUCAAAGUACAGGGCAUUGGAAGAAAGAAAUUUAUGACGACACGACGAAGUGAUUAUAAAUAGUGAAAGAAAGACACGUGUGAAGAGACUAUUACAAAACCCUAUAUACUGUUGCAAAAUUAUGGAUUUUACGGUGUGAGGUGCGUAGGGCACUUGGUAGUGCUUCUGUAUAAGCAGUUAUGUACAAUUGUAUUUUUCUUUUUAUUAUUUUUUUUCUUUUUCUUUUUCUUUUUGCUGCAGUAUAAUAUUGUAUACCUUAUACAUGAAAUAACGCGGUGUGUAACGAUAAAAAAAUAAAAAAAUAUUAAAAUUGCAAAAAAAAAAAAAUCAAAAAAAUAAAACCACAAAAAACAUCUAUGCAACGGACAAAAGUGUUGGUUGCGCGUUCAACACAACAGUUGCAUUUAAGAAUAUUGAGACGAGCGACCUGAAUCAGGCACGAAACGACUCGAUCCUAUGUAAUGUAUAAACUUGUAAUUUCGAAAAGCUUCGUGUUUAUUUAUUAUCCUCAUUGUACAUAUAUACAUAAAUAAAUGAACAAAUGAAUACAUGCAUACAUUAUAUCUAUUAUAUUAUAUAUAUAUGCGUAUAUAAAUAUAUGCGAGUGUAUGUAUGUCUCUAGUUCUAUCCAUAUAUAUUUAUCUAUCAAUUUAUCUGUGUAUUGACACGUUAUUUGUAGACGGACUUACACAUAAACGAAAAAUUCUAUAUCGUAGGAAAAAGCGAAAAAAAUAAAAAACGAUUCCGAAAUGAUUGCGUUAGAAAAUCUUACAUCUGAUUAUGUUAUCAGGUGUUUAAUUUAAUGAUAUAGAUAAAAAAUUGGAACGAUAAAAUUUUAUUCCAUUAAUUACCGUAUAUGUGUGAGUACGUGUUAAAAAUAUUAUACAUACAUACAUGCGUACAUAUAAUAUACGCAUAUGUAUAUUCAUAUACGUAUAUUCAAUAUAUGUAUAUGAAUAUUAUUACAUAGCAGAGAAAGAAA